AUGCUUAAGGAGCUUGUCCUCAAGUUUUAUUAUGGUGUGAGGUUGGCGGUAUGGAUAGGGGAUUCUUCAUUCAAUAAGUUACUAUCAAUAUGCCUUGAAUGUUGUCCAAAUUGCACAUCAUUGCCAUCAAUUGGGCAAUUGCCAUUGUUGAAAAAAUUAUGCAUCAAGGGAUUGGACAAUGUAACUAGCGUGGGAGUUGAGUUCUUUGGAAAGAAUGCACCAAAUGCAUUUCCUUCAUUGGAGACUUUAGAAUUUGAAAAGAUGCCUAAAUGGGAGAAUUGGAACUUUUGUGAAGUUAACGAGGAAGCUAAGAAGUUUUCUAAUCUUCGUGAGCUUCGUAUUGUGAAAUGUCCGGAACUGUUGGGGAGUAUACCGGAAAAUCUUCUUUCUUUGGAGAAACUUGUGAUUUGUGAUUGUAAGAAAUUGGUGAUUUCAAUUCAAAACCUUCCAAUGCUUUCAGAAUUGGAUAUUGAAGGGUGCCAGGAGGUAGUUUAUAAAGGUUUUGUAGACGGCAGCUCAUUAAAAAAAGUCUGUUUUUCAAGAAUUCCCAAGUUUACUUGUGCAGCAGAAUGGUUGACGUUAGGAUCAAUAAAAGUGGAAUCCCUUAAGAUCGAAGAUUGUGAGGAAUUGUGCUCUUUGCAAGAGAACAGUUGGGGAUUGCUAACUCAGUCGAUGUCACUUGGUGAAUUGAGUAUUGGAAAGUGGUCACAACUUGUCUCCAUAGGGGCAGAGGAGGAAAGAGAAGAAUUGAUGCAAUUGAAGAUCCCUUGUACCAUUCAAAAACUGACAAUAACGGAUUGUGAAAGGUUAGAAAAGCUAUCAACAACUUUGCACUACGUAUCAUCACUUAGGUUUUGGUCUUGCCCAAAUCUGAUUUCUCUUUCAAACAACAAUUUGCCUUCGAAUCUAAAAAUCCUAGAUUGGUGUUGUGAAAAUAUACAGUGUUUGUUCGAAGAGGGAGAGAAUGUUAACAUCGGCAGUGUAUGUCUUCUUGAGCAGUUGAAUAUUAGCUACUGUCCAUCUCUGAUUUCUCUUUCAAAAACAAUUUGCCUUCGAAUCUCAAAAGCCUAG